AUGGUCCCUGUGUGGCUCCUGGGACCUGUGGUGCUGGGUUUGACCACGGCAGGCCCUGUUCCCACUGCCAAGCCCACCACAGCCCGGAAAGUCUGCCACCUUGAGAGGUUUGUACCUGUGUCACCGCGGGAGAUGGAGGCCUUCAAGAAGGCGAAGGAUGCCUUGGAAAAGAAGCUCCAGCUGAAGGUCUCCAGGUGCAGUGCACGCCUCUUUCCCAGGACCUGGGACCUGAGGCAGCUGCCGGCGUGGGAGCGCCCCAUGGCCCUGCAGGCUGAGCUGGCCCUGACCCUGGAGGUCCUGGGCACAGUGACUGACCCGGCCCUGGAGGACGUCCUGGAGCAGCCCCUCCACACUCUGUAUCACAUCCACACCAAAGUCCAGGCCUGUGUGAGUCCCCCCACCCACCCCAUGACACGGGGACAGCUCCUGAGCCCUGUGUCCCCACAGGAGUCCCCUGGCUGCCUCCAGGCCUCUGUCACCUUCAACCUCUUCCGCCUGCUUACCCAGGACCUGAGAUAUGUUGCCAGUCCAGAACUGUGA